AUGGCGGAUAGGGCAGACCAGCCUCCAGGCCAGAUAGCGGCUCGAGUACAUUCUAGCACUCCAGAUACUAUGGCCAUCACUUACUACGACGACGAGAAGGCCUCCUCGAAGGAGGUACUGCCACACGACGGCGACAUCCUCCAAGGCGACAAGGACAAGCACAACUACGUAGUCGAGGUCGCGCCGGUCGGCGAACAUGUCACAGUUCACGACGCCGUCUUCGGCGAGGUCGGCGAAGAGGGGCCCAACUACCGCUCCGUGUCGUGGAUGGGCGCUGCCGCACUCAUGACCAAGGCGAACGUCGGCCUCGGCGUCCUCUCCAUUCCAGAGGUGUUCAAGCAGGUCGGCCUGAUCCCGGGCUUGAUCCUCAUCCUCGUGAUCCAGGGCAUCGCAACAUACGCUGACUACGUGAUCUGCACGUUCAAGCUGAACCACCUCGAAGUGUUUGGCCUCGCCGACGCCGGCAUGGUCAUGUUUGGACGCGCAGGCAAGGAAUUUCUUGCGAUCACCUUCUGUCUGUACAUGAUCUUCGUGUCGGGCUCGGCCAUGAUUGCACUCUCGACAGCCCUCAACGCAAUCAGCAUGCACGGCGCGUGCACUGCAAUCUUUGUCGCCGUUGCCGCAAUCACCGGCUUUAUUUUCUCCAGUAUCCGCACCCUCGGCCAGAUCAUGUGGCUCGGCUGGGUCGGUUGUGUCUCGAUCGUCGCUGCGCUCCUCAUCCUCGUCAUUGCCGUCGGAACGCAGGGUGCGCCCGUCGACCUGCCCCCCGGAGAGUCGGUGGUCAUCAAGCUGUUUGGCACGCCCACUUUCGCCCGCGCGAUGUCGUCCAUCGCCUCGCUCGUGUUCGCGUGUGGUGGCGCGCCCACAUUCUUCGGGAUGAUCAGCGAAAUGCGCGACCCCCGCGAGUACCCCAAAGCCCUCUUCGCGUCACAAGGGUUUGUUACCGUCCUCUUCUGUGUCAUCGGAGCCGUCACCUACGCUUUCUGCGGUGACUACGUUGCAUCGCCGGCCCUGGGCUCCGCAGGUCCUCUCCUCAAGAAGGUGUGCUACGGCAUUGCCAUCCCCGCUCUUCUCCUUACCCUCAUGAUCUACUGCCACACCGCCGCCAAGUACAUUAUGGUCCGCCUGCUGCGUGGCACGCGCCACCUUACCGCUAACACGGCCACGCACUGGACCGUGUGGCUGUCCUCCGUCUUCGGUUGCAUCUUCAUCGCCUACAUCCUGGCCUCUUCGAUCCCUGUCUUCGGCUCGCUCAUCAGCUUUGUUGGUGCCCUCUUCUCGCCCAUCAUGGCGAUGGGGCCAUACUCCCUCAUGUGGCUGUACGACAACUACCGCGACCCCAUGGCCGACGGGCGCUUCUGGAAGGCGCGGGCAGGCCGCACCCUCCGCAACAAGCUGCUGACAGGCUACCACUUCCUGAUCUGCCUCGUCACGAUCUUCCUGACCGUUGGGGGCACGUAUGGAUCGAUUGUGGACCUGAUCGACGCCAGCAAGAGCGCACAGAACAAGCCGUGGACCUGUGCCGACAACUCAAACUCGGUCAAGCAGUAAGGAGGUGAUAGGAACGGUCGGGGAGGCUCAGCUGUGGAGUGGGUUUAGCUUUGAAUAUUGUAGAGAGUUGUUUGGCAAGAUGUAUGAUGCAUCUCUUGAUGGC